AUGGGAGACGUUCUGGUGGAAAACCCGGCGAACACCGUCACGUCUCAGAAGAAGCCCGUCCCGAUGGACAUCAUCCCAAACAUCGACUCCCUUGAGGUCUCCGAAACAGAUGGCGGUGAUGAAUACGCGACGCUGAAGCGCCUCCAGAGACAUCUCGAGUACAUCCAACUGCAAGAAGAAUACAUCAAGGAUGAGCAAAGGAGUCUGAAAAGAGAGCUGGUUCGAGCACAGGAGGAAAUCAAACGGAUACAAAGCGUGCCUCUGGUCAUCGGACAAUUUAUGGAAGCCAUAGACCAGAAUACGGGAAUUGUGCAGUCGUCGACCGGCUCCAACUAUGUUGUUCGGGUUCUGUCCACCCUUGAUCGCGAGAAGCUGAAACCGUCGUCCUCGGUCGCCCUCCACCGUCACUCCAACGCCCUCGUCGAUAUCCUCCCUCCCGAAGCUGACUCCUCUAUCGCCAUGCUCGGCGAGAAUGAAAAGCCGGAUGUGACAUAUGCAGACGUUGGUGGACUUGACAUGCAGAAACAGGAGAUCAGAGAAGCCGUGGAACUGCCAUUAACCCACUUUGAUUUAUACCGUCAAAUCGGUAUCGAUCCUCCACGGGGUGUCUUGCUGUACGGCCCCCCAGGCACUGGUAAGACCAUGUUGGUCAAGGCAGUGGCCAACAGCACCACUGCUAGCUUCAUCCGCGUCAAUGGUUCCGAGUUUGUGCAAAAGUACCUAGGAGAAGGCCCUCGCAUGGUCCGCGAUGUGUUCAGAAUGGCUCGGGAGAACGCCCCAGCGAUCAUUUUCAUCGACGAGAUCGACGCCAUCGCCACGAAGCGUUUCGAUGCGCAGACCGGCGCGGAUCGAGAGGUCCAGCGUAUCCUGCUAGAGCUGCUGAACCAGAUGGAUGGUUUCGAACAGACCAGCAACGUCAAGGUCAUCAUGGCCACCAACAGAGCCGAUACACUAGACCCCGCCCUUUUACGCCCUGGACGUCUGGACCGGAAGAUUGAAUUCCCUUCUCUGCGCGACCGCCGUGAGCGCCGUCUGAUUUUCAGUACCAUUGCGUCCAAGAUGUCUCUGUCGCCAGAGGUCGACCUCGAUUCGCUCAUCGUGCGCAACGACCCUCUUUCGGGCGCUGUCAUUGCCGCCAUCAUGCAAGAGGCCGGUUUACGCGCUGUCCGGAAGAAUCGAUACAACAUCAUUCAGUCAGAUCUUGAGGAUGCCUAUGCCAGCCAGGUCAAGGGUGGCCAGGAAGCUGAUAGAUUCGAUUUCUACCGGUAA